GUAAAAGCUGGAUACCUCAGGCUCCAAACAAUAUAUAUAUACAUGCCUGUAUGUCAUUGAAUUCUACACAUCAACGGUACACACCAGUCCACUACUAGCUAGUGCUUCUCAUAGUUAGAAAGAUGCCUAGUGACAGAGAUCCUCUUGCUAUUGGGCGUGUGAUAGGGGAUGUUUUGGACCCUUUCGCAAGGUCUAUCUCCCUCCAGGUCACCUACAAUAGCAGAGAUCAUGUCACCAAUGGUUGUGAGCUCAAACCCUCUCAAAUUGUCAACCAACCUAGGGUUCAUGUUGGUGGUGAUGAUUUAAGGACCUUCUAUACUUUGGUUAUGGUGGACCCUGACGCACCUAGCCCCAGUGACCCAAAUCUCAGAGAAUACUUGCAUUGGCUGGUGACUGAUAUUCCAGCCACUACAGGGACAAGCUUUGGGCAAGAGGUUGUGUGCUAUGAGAGCCCAGCACCAUCGGUGGGGAUUCAUCGAUUUGUUUUCAUAUUGUUUCGGCAACUGGGGAGGCAGACCGUGUAUGCACCUGGUUGGCGUCAGAAUUUCAACACUAGAGACUUUGCUGAGCUUUACAAUCUUGGAUUGCCGGUGGCCGCUGUUUACUUUAACUGCCAGAGGCAGAGUGGCACCGGGGGUAGAAGAUGCUGACUCAUCAAGUAAUAAUAAUGGGGUCCCUUUCUCCAUACUGUAUUUCCAAACUAUCUCAAUAAAAUUUUCUACCACAUUUGACCCCAUAAAAAAAAAAGAAAAAAAAAAGAGUAAUAAAGAAAGAAGAUGAGAGAUAUAUUGAGAAAAUAUGUAAUUCUCUGCUAGCUAGCUACCAUAUAUUGUCUUCCUUUGUACCUCCAACUAGCUAUAUGGCUAGAGUGUAAUCACUUGAAGAGGUGUAAUGUAUCGCUAUAUUUAUAUAAAAGAUGGACCAGUACAUGCAUGCUGCUUUGUGUGCUCCAUCCAUUUAAUGCU